GUGAACGCUCUUAGUUUUGUUGUGUCAUACUUGACACUGGUGUAACUACUGAAGUUGCACGCAUUUUAGCUACGCUGGCUAUAACAGUCGUUAUAUACUGUAAGUGACUUUGAGAAAUCGAUUUUACCCGAACUUUGACGGAUCUUUUUUCAUUAGCUGACAGAUGUAGCAUGCUAGACGCUUUCAAGGAGUCUUUCAGAAAGAGUUGUCGUCGGGCCUGUUCGGGUUAUUUUCAUCACUGCCAUUGGCUAACAAGUUUCUAAACAGAAAUGGCACUGGAGGACUAUGAGAGGCAUUUGGACUCGUUAAGCUCGGAGUUGAGCAGCGGGUCUGUGGUCAGCGAGCGAUCAGCUUUAGCCCCGUUUAAUGGCGAAGAGGAGAAGUUGCAUUACAUUCCUAUCCGGAUCCUCGGAAGGGGGGCGUUUGGUGAAGCAACCCUGUACAGAAGGACAGAGGACAACUCUCUGGUGGUAUGGAAAGAGGUAGACCUGAACUCGCUUUCUGAAAAGGAGCGCAGAGAUGUCAUGAACGAAAUAAGCAUCCUCUCCAUCCUUGAGCACAACAACAUCAUAGCCUACUUCAAUCAUUUCAUGGAUAAAAAUACUCUGCUCAUUGAGUUGGAGUAUUGCAAUGGAGGAAAUCUGUAUGAUAAAAUCAUCCAACAAAAGGGGAAACUGUUCAGUGAGGAGGUGGUCAUAUGGUACCUGUACCAGAUUACUUCAGCAGUGGCCCACAUUCACAAGGCUGGAAUCUUACACAGAGAUAUCAAAACUCUGAACAUUUUCCUGACAAAAACUGACCUCAUUAAGCUGGGCGACUAUGGCCUCGCAAAGAAGCUAGACUCUGAGUUUUCAAUGGCAGAAACUUGUGUGGGAACUCCAUAUUACAUGUCACCUGAGUUGUGCCAGGGAACAAAGUACAACUUCAAAUCAGACAUUUGGGCCAUGGGCUGUGUCCUCUUUGAACUCUUAACUCUUACAAGAACAUUUGAUGCAACGAACCCCCUGAACCUCUGUGUGAAAAUAGUCCAGGGCAACUGGACUAUGGAGUUGAACUCGGAUGUUUAUUCAUCUGCGUUGGUCAAGCUUGUGUAUGAGUGUCUCGAUCAAGAUCCUGCAAAGAGGCCCACCGCUGAGCAGAUUCUGGACCAGCCAUUCAUUUUCUCCUGCCGACAGGAGCUUGAUGAGCGAGUUUGCCAGCUGAAUUCAGCCAUGAAGAGACCAAAGCUGAGUACAGUGAGUGAGAGUCCUGUUGCUGUGGUGACUCAACGCUCGAGGGAUGUGUAUUUCUGGGGUGGAGGGAAGUUCACCCCUCAGAAACUGGACACUUUCAAAGGAGGCAGCAGCGCCCAGUAUGUGUGUGCAGGAGAGAGCCACUUUGCAGUUGUGUCAGUGGAAAAGGAGCUGUAUACCUGGGCUAAUGUUCAAGGUGGGGCCAAGAUGGUCGGCCAGCUUGGGCAUGGAGACCAGGCCUCAUACCGGCAACCAAAGAAGGUGGAGAAGCUGAUAGGGAAGGCUAUCCGACACGUGGCAUGUGGGGCUGACUUCACUGCCUGUGUCACUGAUGAAGACCAGAUGUACAUGUUCGGGUCAGACUACUACGGCUGCAUCGGAGUGGAGGGCGAGCUGGGCAUGGAGAUUCUGGAGCCAGUUCUUCUGGAGUUUUUCGAGGAGCGACCUGUCCGCCAGGUUUCAUGUGGAGACAACCACGUGGUGGUGCUGACUCAGAAUGGCGACAUCUACUCGUGGGGCUGCGGAGAGUAUGGACGUCUUGGCCUGGAAUGUGAGGAUGACUUCAAUUCUCCUAUGCAAGUGGAGGUUCCUAAAGGUGCUGCUAUCUCCUCAGUGUCAUGCAGCAGUGAUGGGACCUUCUUUCUGACAGAGACUGGCAAAGUCUUAGCAUGUGGAAACAAUGAGUUCAACAAGCUGGGGCUGAACCAAGGAAUCUCUGGAAUCAAAAACCACCCUGGAGAGGGUUACCAGGGGAUCCCAUACAUCACCACACUGACCUUGGUAAAGCAGCUGUCUCGUUUCAAGAUCCGGGUCAUAGCUCCAGGGAAGGCGCACACAGCUGCCAUUGAUGAACGUGGUCGUCUGAUCACCUUUGGCUGCAACAAGUACGGACAGUUAGGUGUGAAGGACUUCAAGAAGCACCAAGGUGUCCAGGUCCUUGUUGGCCCCUUUGGAGGGAAGAUAGUGACCAAAGUGUCUUGCGGAGACGGAUUCACCAUUGCAGCCACAGAGGACAGUCAGAUCUUUGCGUGGGGAAACGCAGGAAAUGGGAGACUCGGAAUGCCUGCUGAUAAAGGAUUCGGUUCCGAGGUUUGCCCUGCCAUGCCGAGGCCAAUCUUUGGUUCCCUCCACCAUGUCCCAGACCUUUCUUGCCGUGGCUGGCACACCAUUAUCAUAAUGGAAAAAGUGCUCAACUCAAAAACCAUCCGCUCAAACAGCAGUGGACUGUCAAUUGGGCUGGGCCAGGAGGAAUCCCCACCCACUUCUGUGGAUCUGGACAUAGAACCUGGCGCAGAGACAGAGUGUCGCGACAGGGGUCUUGGGGGUACAAUGGAGGUUAAUACAGAUGAUUGCUUCCUGGAAACCCCAAUGAUGUCAAUGACCAAUCAGACUGGGGACAGCUCCUGUCCUCUGUGGCUUAGAAAGGAGCUCGAGGAUGCAGAGGUCAUCCCGAUGCCAGACAACUCUGAGACGUCCACUCCAGACCAGCUCGCUUCUUUCUCUGAGAGCGUUACUUUACCAUAUGAAGAACUGAAAGAGCUUAAGGCUGCUGCAGCAGCAGUCAGCACUAAGAAAGGCUUGUCGACAAAACGAAUGAGCUGUGAUAAAGUGAAUGGACUGAUGGAGGCUGAGGGCUUGGGAAGAGGAGAUUCUUGCACAUGCUGCAAUUCAAGUAGCGAGUUGGCACAGCUGCGAGAGACAGUCGCUCGCCAAGAGAUGAGGAUCCAGACGCUUGAAAAACAGAUCAGCGAGCAGCGGAAGGAGAAUGAGAGACUCUGGGCGGCCAUCAGUCGCUCAGCUCUACAGGAAGCGAGAUGUGACAGUAAUGGAAACCAUCCCUCUGAUCGUACACGCAGGGGCGGAGGAGGAAGGAGAGGCGGACUCGCAAAUCACGGAGGCCGAUCUGCCGGGGCCAGCGUGUGAGGCUUGACCUGCAGACGUCCUGGCUACUGGAGAAAUGCCAAACCUCUUAGCACGCACCGAGUUGAGCAACGGGAGGCAGACGCGCAGCAGAAACGUCACCCUCAUUCCCGCUCAGCGGUUACAUGACAGAUGUUAGCACAGUGCUACGGGAUUACAUUUAAUUGCGUAAAUGUAAUAAUGUAACAGCGCAUUGCACGCUCUCACUGCUCACUUGUUUUCACCUGGGCGCGGUGAUCCAGCUCGAUCCUCCAGACAGAAAUGUUGGCUGGAAUCAACAAGAAGCAUCAGACCUUAACGCCUGCGAGAGACAAUCUGAUCAUAGUGUUACGCUGCAACGUACAGCAGACAAUAAGUCUACACGUUUGGUGGUAUUAGUGUUUGCUUCACCCCUUAGUGCCUCAGAUGUUAGUAUUUAUUAAAUACCAAAAAAGCCUAGCUUAAGCAAAUGUAUCCAAAGUGUUGAUACGUGCAGAGGUUUGUUAGCCAGAAUGCUGGCAGCCUCGUCCAAAGUGAGAACAUAACAUAUGCAUCACAUUUUGUUUCACUUUUUAAGUUUUCACUUCUUUUGAUAUUCCUAAAAGGUUAACGUGUUAAACACAAUGCAGCCUCUAAACCUCUUUUCAUAUUUAUCGCACAUAUUAGCUAUUGCAGACUUAUUCAAAUUAACUCAUGCAAAUGUAGAUGCAUCUUAAAUUUGCAUGUUUUUUUUGUCGUAUAAAGAGCACUUGUGUGAAGCGAGAAACUACUGAUUUUUUUUUUUUUCUUUCUUUUUAAUACAGCUGGGUUACUUUUCCGUGUUACCUGCACGUUACCUGUCUGUUUUCUUUGUGACACUGAACACUUGAACGGUUUUGAGUAAAAUGUGGUCUUUCGGGCGUUUCUUGUGUAGAUGACCCUGCAGCCAUAAUUAUUUUUCUUUCAUUUUAUAACUUUUGUCUCUGAUGCUUUCUGAAUUUUCUUUUUUUUUCACUUUUGUGCGCCAUUUGUUAAACAUAUCUGCCUUUUUUUUUAAAGCUCUGCUCGGUCUUUUUAUUGUGUGUUUGUUAGCUAUAUGUAUUUGUGUGUGGGAGGUCAAAUGUCAGUAGAGCAGCAUACCUUACAGAGUGCCUUAACAAGCUAUUGAAUCUCGAAUUUGUGCACAGGUGGCUGCUGUGCCUUGGAUGAAUUUUUUAUUGUGUGUUCAGCGUUUAAAAAUGUGGUUUACUUUUUGUUUUUUUCAAUAGUUUACCAAAUACUGCCGGGAUGUAACAGUUGCAUAAGCUCUGCAUUUCUCCCAUUCACACCAUUUCUUUAAGCUUUGUGUACAAGCCAUAAAUAAAACAGUUAUCUUUCA